CAGGUAAAGAGCAGGUGUACAGAGAACAGGUGCAGGAGCUGUGUGUGUGUGUGUCUCUCUCUCUGUGUUUUAACAUUUUUCCGACACACACUCUUUUGACUGAGCAGAAGGCGGAGCCUCCACAGUCAGGACCACCAUGACGACCAUGACGUCAUCUUUUGUUCCAGAGCUGGAUCUGGCCCUGCCACCCUGCGAGCCCUCGCUGCCCCAGCAGGAGCUUCCCUCGCUGGGCCUGGACCCGUCUGACUUCAGCCUCUACAGUCCUCCAGCUCCUCCACACUCCGGCCCGUCCUCCUCACCGUGGCUCCAGGCUUCCGGAAACCACGGCAACUGCUACCCCUGCUUCCCCAGCACUGACCCCGCCCCCUCCUCCACCCUGGCGUUCCAUGGCUCCUUCCCACAUCUCUACGGCCUCCCGGCGUUCCUGCCUCCCGGGAACCCCUGGUUCUCCUUCUCCACGCCGGACGACGUCCUGCGGCUGGUCCGCCCGCCCUACUCCUACUCCGCCCUCAUCGCCAUGGCGAUCCAGAGCGCGCCCAACCAGCGCCUGACGCUCAGCCAGAUCUACCAGUACGUCUCCGACAACUUCCCGUUCUACAGCAGCAACAAAGCCGGCUGGCAGAACUCUAUCCGCCACAACCUGUCGCUCAACGACUGUUUCCGGAAGGUUCCGCGGGACGGGAGCGACCCAGGUAAAGGAAACUACUGGACUCUGGACCCCAACUGCGAGAAGAUGUUCGACAACGGAAACUUCCGCCGCAAGAGAAAGAGGAAGUCUGAGAGCGUUGCCAAGAAAUCUUCCUCCUCCUCAUCAUCACGUGACUCCUCUUCGUCCGAGCCCAGCCCCAAGAUUCCCUGCACGGAGCUUCCUCCUCCCUCAGACGCCUCCUCCUGCUCCUCCUCCGUCCUCAACGACUUCUUGUGUCACCUCCAGGACUCCUCCUCCUCCCCCUCCUCCCUUCUCCUCCCUGCUUCUCCUCAGGAGAACUUCUCCUCGUACUCGCCCGGUGCCGUGGUUCCUCAGUGGGACUCCUGCAGCUCCUCUCCUCCCCUCUUCUCCUUCCUCCAUCACGCUCCUCCUCCAUUCCCCACCUCCCACAUGACACCCUCACACUUCUCCUCCCACCACCUCGCUGACCCGCCCCUCUACGCUGACCUGCAGGUGGCGCCGUGUGUGGCGCUGGAGCUCCAGCAGGAGCAGCAGCAGCUUGAGGCCCAGUGUCAGCCUCUGUUCUGUGGGGGCUUCAGUGAGGCGCUGCCCCUGGACUCUCUGCUCCUCCAGCAGUGAAACCUCAAACCUCAACAAUUCUGUGUUUACGCUGUAAAAAAACCUUUGUAUUUAUCUGUUUUUUUAAUUAUUAUUUUAACAUUAAAACGGUGGUGAAUGUUUGUGUAAAUAAGACUGUUUUUGUAAUGAGAAUAAAAAAGUGUUAUUUUUAAA